AAAAUAUUUAGUUCUUACGAAUACUCGUUAAUUGUAAAAUAAUGUUGCAAUUCCAAAUCGCCUAAAACGAUAUAUAAGUAUUAAAAAAAUUCAAUAUAUAAUUGUUGAAAUCACGUUUGUUUUUAACUAUAAUUAUCGAUGAACAAACAUAUUAGUGAACGCUGACGUCAAUAGAACAACCUAUAUAAAACUUGUAAUAAACGAAAAUAUAUCAUAAUUAACGGAAGUCUGAUACAUUUUUAAUAGCCAUUAUCAAAAACGCAAUGUAUGUCAUGAUGAAAUUAAUAGCAAUCUUCGUUGUGUUGCUUCAUGCUGAGGAUCUUAUUGAUGCUUGCAGUUCACACGCGCCGGAGUCGGCUAUAGAUCACCUAAGAACUGUUUCUGCACCACCCAAACCUUUUCUCAUUGAUGAACAGACUCCAGUUUACUUUCUCAAAAAAAGAACUUUCGUUAGGAAAACUUUGGGUUUUUUAAAUAGCAGAAACAAGAUAAAUUAUGUGAAGUUCCAUAAAGACGAUAGCGAUAUCGAGCCAUACACCUUGUUCUUGAAAACGAUCGUGAUUGUCGACGACAAUAUGUUUACUUUUCAAUACGGAACCCUAAUUUUUGAUCGUAUUAUGUCAUUUAUGUCAAAUGUGGAGUCAUCGGCUAAUAAUAUAGCUUUAUAUCCGAAAAUAAAAUUAGUUGUCACUGCCAUCAUCGCCGCAGUUCAUCCGCAAGCUUUGCCAUUUUUGGAGCCUCACGAUAAUAUUUUAAAUCCUUAUUCGAAUCCGAACCCGUUGAAUUUUACGCAGCAGUGGUUAUCAUCUAAUAGUAAAGUGUUAAGAGAUGGUAUGAAGGCCGAUUUUGUACUUGUAAUUUCAGGAGCUGACUACGCAAAUCCAGGAUGGGAAUUACUUUUUGACUUUGGAACAUUUAAUUGUACAUCAGAAGAAUCGUCAAAAAAUACUCCACCAAUCGUAAUUGUCGCUGAUAAAGUACCAUUUAACGAUUAUGCUCAGGUUUAUUAUCAAUUCAUGAGUUUGAUUGAUCCUCAUUUGAAAAAUUGGCCAUGUGACAGAGCUUUCUUACACCAUGAUUAUGAAAGCGAUUUCUGUGAAAUUCACAGCUUACGACGAAAUUUCUCCACUACUUUUCCGAGUUGUUUGUACAGUAAACCAGCAUUUUUGAAUUAAUAUUAUGAAUUUUGAUAAUGAAUAUCAAACGAAGUUGUUCCAUGUUACUAUUGAAUAAUACAUGAAUAAAAAAUAUAUUCAUUCACAAGCA